ACACGAGGCGAGACGAGAACUUGGGCGAAUUGAGUGUGGUGGGCGCGGGCGCUCCGUGCUCGUGGUAGUAGUAUAAAUUAAGGCAGCGCAGAGAGUAGCGAGAGCAGUGCUCGAGCUAAACGAGUGAGAGAACGAGUAGUACGUGCUGUAGUGGGUGGAUCGGUCGAGAUGGCCGUGGCGGCGGCGACGCGCAUUGCGGUGGUGGUGGUGGUCUUGGCGCUGGCGGUUCUCGCGCCGGCCGCGCGCGGGCUCCGCCGAGACGACUUCCCGCCGGGGUUCCUCUUCGGCGCCGCGACGUCCGCUUACCAGAUUGAGGGCGCAUACUUGGACGACAACAAGGGGCUCAACAAUUGGGAUGUCUUCACCCACACGCAGGCUGGACGAAUCUCAGAUGGACGCAAUGGGGACGUAGCGGACGACCACUACCAUCGGUACACGGAAGAUGUGGAUAUCCUGCAUAACUUGGGUGUCAAUUCCUACAGAUUCUCGAUUUCGUGGGCGAGAAUUCUACCAAGAGGCCGGCUUGGAGGAGUUAAUUCAGCAGGAAUUGCCUUCUACAACCGUCUGAUCAACGCACUCCUUCAGAAAGGCAUACAACCAUUCGUGACUCUGAAUCAUUUCGACAUUCCGCACGAACUGGAGACCCGGUACGGCGGCUGGUUAGGCGCUGCAAUCCGGUAUACAUACAUGGCCAAGUUAAUUUCCUCUUCUGUGGUUCUGUCGCCUCAGCUUCAGCUUAAGCUUAAUCCCGUGUAUGUACAUAUGCAUGUUUUCAGGGAGGAGUUUGAGUACUACUCGGACGUCUGCUUCAAUGCGUUCGGCGAUCGGGUCAGGUUCUGGACGACGUUCAACGAGCCGAACCUGUCCACCAGGCACCAGUACAUUCUGGGAGAGUUCCCUCCGAACCACUGCUCCCCGCCGUUCGGCAACUGCAGCAGUGGCGACUCGCGCCGGGAGCCGUACGCCGCGGCGCACAACAUCCUGCUCUCCCACGCCGCCGCCGUCCACAACUACAAGACGAAUUAUCAGGCAAAGCAAGGCGGCUCGAUCGGGAUCGUGAUCGCGGUGAAAUGGUACGAGCCGCUGACGAAUUCCACGGAGGAUGUUCGGGCGGCACGGCGUGCGCUGGCCUUCGAGGUGGAUUGGUUUUUGGAUCCAAUAUUCUUUGGUGAUUACCCUAGAGAAAUGAGAGAGAUCUUAUCAUCAAAUUUGCCAAAGUUUACCCCAGAAGAGAAAAAACUACUGCAGAAUAACAAGGUUGAUUUCAUUGGGAUAAAUCAUUACACAGCAAUUUACGCAAAGGAUUGCAUCUAUUCUCCGUGCACGCUUGACACUUACGAGGGGAAUGCUCUCGUAUACGCCAUUGGUAGAAGAAACGGCAAAAUAAUUGGCAAACCCACUGCACUUCAUGGGUACUUUGUCGUCCCAGAAGCCAUGGAAAAGGUUGUCAUGUACGUCAAUGAUAGAUAUAGAAACACAACUAUCUACAUUACUGAGAACGGCUACUCACAACACAGCGAUACCAGCAUGGAAGACUUGAUCAACGACGUCGAAAGAGUCAACUACAUGCAUGAUUACCUCAAGUAUCUCUCUUCAGCAAUCAGGAAGGGAGCAAACGUAGGGGGCUACUUCGCGUGGUCAAUCGUGGACAAUUUUGAGUGGGUUUAUGGUUACACCGUCAAGUUUGGGUUGUACCAAGUGGAUUUCGACACGCAGGAAAGGAUUCCAAGGAUGUCUGCCAAGUGGUAUAGAGAUUUCCUCACGAGCUCCAGUCUUACAGACGGUCUCCAAGUGCGGUCACGUAGAGCAGAUUCGUGAAUAAUUCCGAUGCUAGAAUACGUCUAGCACUGGAUAGUUAUUUUGUACUUGGAGUUGUAUAUAUACUCAGAUGUAUUGUUGUGUACAUGACUACAUACUUUAUAGUUACUUCAGUUAUGGACUUGUGAUCCUAUCAAAAUGCUCUCAAGCUCAAUUCGUGGACACACAAGGGGGUGCUAGUACAGCUUAGCAUAAGUGUACUUAUUUACCAAUAGAGAGCACCGGAGCAAGCUGUGUACGUUAUGUAUAGGACGAUGUGUUUAUGAAGCCAUGUGUAAAAUGUUAUCAUGUUUUGUGAAAGUGCAUCCGAAGUUUAUUUGUGUGAUCA